AUGGCGAGGCCGAUGGCGGCGACGCAGAUGGUGAAGCCGAUGUCGGCGGUGGCGACGGCGAGAUCCGACGAAGGCGCUAGCGAGGGAGAGGCGGUCGAUGGCGGCGGCGAGGGCGAGGCGGACGGCGGCGGCGGCGACGGUGAGGCCGAUGUCGGCGGUGGCGACGAUGAGGCCGACGUAGACGGUGGCGAAGGUGAGGCCGAAGGAGGCGGCGCCGAAGGCGAGGUGGACGACGGCGGCGUCGACGGUGGCGGUGACGACGGCGAGGCGGACGGUGGCGGCGGCGAGGGCGAGGCGGACGGCGGCGGCGGAGACGGUGAGGCAGAUGGAGGAGGUGGCGACGGUGAGGCGGAGGGAGGCGGUGGCGAGGGCGAGGCGGAAGGAGACGGCGGCGAGGGCGAGGCGGACGGCGGCGGCGUUGACGGUGGCGGCGGCGAGGGCGAGGCGUACGGCGGCGGCGGCGAGGGCGAGGCGGACGGCGGCGGCGGAGACGGUGAGGCAGAUGGAGGAGGUGGCGACGGUGAGGCGGAGGGAGGCGGUGGCGAGGGCGAGGCGGAAGGAGGCGGCGGCGAGGGCGAGGCGGACGGCGGCGGCGUUGACGGUGGCGGCGGCGAGGGCGAGGCGGACGGCGGCGGCGGAGACGGUGAGGCGGAUGGAGGAGGUGGCGACGGUGAGGCGGAGGGAGGCGGUGGCGAGGGCGAGGCGGAAGGAGGCGGUGGCGAGGGCGAGGCGGACGGCGGCGGCGGAGACGGUGAGGCAGAUGGAGGAGGUGGCGACGGCGGCAACGGCGAGGGCGAGGCGGACGGCGGCGGCGGCGAGGGCGAGGCGGACGGCGGCGGCGGAGACGGUGGCGGCGGCGAGGGCGAGGCGGACGGCGGCGGCGGCGAGGGCGAGGCGGACGGCGGCGGCGGAGACG